CGGUUCUACAACAACUAACGAGAGAAGGGUCUUGUGGUCACUACACGAUCCCGAAUUAGUCAUCUUCUACGACGAAAAAUAUCACAACUUUAUUCAGUCACAAAAGAUCCACUUCAUGACGAGAAAGGUAGAGAUCCCAAGAAAGGAAUGAUGGAGAUCCACCUACUCGAUUCUGAUCUGUCAUACUCACACCAAUCCUAAGGAUUUGAACUUGUUCUCUUUCAGUCUUUUCUUCAGAAAUGAAUCAGAAAUCAUACUCAUACAUUAACAUAGCGACGGCAGGCGAAAGUUUCUGUCUUCAGUCACGACCCGAUUAGAGAUAUCAUCGAUCUAUCAGCAAGAACACUAAAUCGAAUCGAUAUUCACUAAAUUGAGUAAACGUCGCUCCCGCUCGUUUUUUUUGGCGAUUUUGGAAAGAUUAUUGAAUAGAAUUGUAUGGGCAAUAAUUUCAAAUUGUAAUUCAAUUAUUCCCAUUCUAAUCUUCUCGCAAAUUGUUAGGUCCACCUAGAGUAGUGCGCAAAGAAAUUGGGAUCAUUGGUAGACUCGUAUUUGUUUUCUUCAUAGACUUUUACUUGUAUCUCACUGCUCAUCGUCACUACUUCCACGAUUACAGGAAGACACAACAGCGAGAAUACUGACUUGACGAGAAAAUAUCUAGUUGGAGAGUUGUUUGCAGCAUCAUCAAACCAGAUUGAUUCAUUACUUACAAAUAUCGUUGACUCCUUCGUUAUACAGUUAAUAGUGGUUGCAGUUUGAUUUGAUUCAGAGGUCUUGUUGUUGUUCUGGGUUGUAUUUAGUAGUAGAAAUUUUCUAGUGAAACCGUAACCGACAAAAUGGUGCAAGAACGAGAAAAGGGUGGCAAAAUGAAAACCGGCGACCGUAAGCGAAGACGCGAUGGCGGCCGUUCGGAACACGUGGAAUAUCAUGACGUGCGAAACCUCGAGAAAGGUGUGGCAAAAAUGAAAGUCGGAGAAGAGGAGGAAGAAAGCUCCGAAGAAGAGAGCGAGGCUGCAGGAGCUGGGAUGGAGUCUAGUCGGCAAGAACAGGGGAGCUUAGAUGGUAUUUGUUCUUCGUCACACACAACAUGUUGACGCUAUGAUCAUUGAAGGUUGCGCCGACCACUGGUAUUUUCUACUUCCUCUACUACAGAUUGUUGGCUUCUUCUGUUCUAGGUAAUGCUAAAAGUUGCCCACAAUUUUUUUUAAACUUCUACGACUAGUAGUAGAGUGCAUCUUAUUCAUGCGAACGUAUGAAUUUGUCUUCGAAAAAGGUGGUUUCAGCGACGAUGAGCAGGAUAUCCCUCAGCAGUCAAAUAGUACCAAGAGAGAACAAAAGCAGGCAGAAGAUGAGGAGCAGGAGGCUGAGGAAAAACGCGCAGAGGAUAUGGCAAGACUGGCCGACAUCAAGAAAAAACGGGAAGAAGAUAAGGUAACUAAUAUUAAAUACUAGUAUACACUUUGAUAUUAAGGUUAACUGAGUUCGUUGCACAUAACAUUUCCGACAGGGUUUCAUAUUCAUACGCCUACCCCAACUCUUGUCAGGAAUAAGGUCUAAUGUGCUUAGGAUCUCACUGAGUCUACUACUACCAAACACAGGAAAAACGGCUCGCGGCAGAAGCAGCAGCAAAAGAGGCAGAAGCAAAACAGGCCGCGGAAAAAGCCGAGAAGCAGAAGAAAGACACUGCCGCAAACGAGGCCAAGCAUGCGCCGCUUCGUGAAGCGCUUGCUAAGUUGAUACAGGUAAUUUUGUUUUUAAUUGAUUUCCUCCAAUUCCAUCUUGUUGAACUAUGUUGUAUAACCAGAACGAGACCUGCUGCUCCUAGAUGAGGUUGCGAAUUUCGACAUGAAGAGUUGUAUUGCAGCAGCAUCAAUGAUGCAGAUGCACCACUGAAGCAAUCAUAAAAAUUCUUGCCAGGUCGAUGCGUCAAGGAACAUAAAUCAGUUGAACCAAGACGCCGAUGCAAAAAAGGCGUUGAAGCCACUGUUGAAAAAAGCUGAAAUCAAGGCAUUGAAUAAGGCGACACUAACAGCCAUAUGCAACGGAGACAAGCGCUUCAAGGUUGACGAGGUGGACAAAAUCGUUCACUGCAAAAGAGUUGCGUAAAAUCGCAUUUCUCUACUUCAUAGACAACUACUACUUGGUUUUAUUGGUUCAACAUAAUUUCUAUUUCGCAUUCGCGCAUAGCGAGAAACGCAUUCAUAUUGAUUGAUGUUAACCCGCCUUGUGUACCUUGUCGGCAUCCCGGGCAUGAAUGUCAAAUAACCUAUAUAAUUAUUUAUCUUCUAUCGAUCCAUUCCAACGAACGUUCCAUCUUCAUUAUCCAUAGAUGCUGCGCUCUACAUUAACAUCAACAUUUGACAUGCCCGUGACAAAUAGUCGCGGGUUGUGGUCAGCAAAAACUUGCUCAUGCUUGUUGUAUCUAUGUUUUUCUUGGUGGAGACGUGCACUAUGAAGUGAUAAAGAACCUAAAAGUAUCAAAAUGAAGACUCGUGCUACGGUAGCAC